GGGUUGAUAGCGGUGUCAUUAGUUUAGCGCAGCUUUAGGACCCAGCGAGCCUGACGCGGCUGCUCCCUGCAGGAGAAGCAUGGACACAUUUGUAUGCGCUGGCUCUCCACCGCUGCACUGAACCCGCACUGUACAAAACGGCACAGGAUAUUCUUUUUCUUUUCCACCCCGAAGGAUAAGCUUCACCCAAAAGGACUCCGCUUUGGUUUCCGAUGGUUUGUUUCUAGACAGAAGGAUAACCAGGCAGCCACUCUCUCGAUCACUGGUUUGUAGGUUGUGCAUCUUCCCCGGGUUUCGUUCCCAACAGCGGCUAAAAGUUUUUCCGGACACGCCGGUAUGGAUCACUUCUGCUUUUAAGUGGCAAACACGCGCGGCAGCAUCGUUUUGGAGAGGUUGACGUCGAGUGAUGCCAGGACAGUGAUCGUCAUAAUGUGUGGCACAUGGUCAGGGGCCACGCCCCUUUUCAUCAUGGUUCUGCUCAGACUGGCUCCAGGCCAAGAGGUUCCUUUAGUCCCAGAGACGGGAGUCGCUCAGGAUGGUGCCAGCGAAGGGGCAACUCCAGCUCCUACGUCCGAACAUGAAGAUGACAACUCUUUGGGCUACACAGGAUCCCGUCUGCGCCAAGAGGACACCCCACCCCGGAUUGUGGAGCACCCAUCUGACCUGAUUGUUUCCAAAGGGGAGCCCGCUACUCUCAACUGUAAAGCGGAAGGGCGGCCAACCCCGACAGUGGAGUGGUACAAGGAUGGAGAGCGGGUGGAAACCGACAGGGACAAUCCCCGAUCGCAGCGUAUGUUGCUGCCCAGCGGCUCCCUCUUCUUCCUGCGAAUCGUCCAUGGACGACGCAGCAAACCGGAUGAAGGUUCUUACGUCUGCGUCGCUCGCAACUACCUGGGAGAGGCAGUGAGCCACAACGCCUCACUGGAAGUAGCCAUUCUACGUGAUGACUUCAGACAAAACCCCGCAGAUGUGAUUGUGGCAGCAGGAGAGCCAGCGGUUCUGGAGUGUCAGCCUCCUCGUGGGCAUCCUGAACCCACCAUAUCAUGGAAAAAAGAUGGAACAAAUAUUGAUGACCGAGAUGAGAGGAUCACCAUACGUGGAGGGAAGCUGAUGAUCACAAAUGCCCGAAAGACUGAUGCUGGAAAAUACGUGUGCGUCGGCACAAACAUGGUUGGAGAACGUGAAAGUGAAAUAGCGGAACUGACAGUGCUUGAGCGUCCCAGCUUUGUACGUCGUCCCGGUAGUCAGGUGGUGUUAGUGGACCAAAGCGUGGAGUUCAGGUGUGAGGCCCGCGGCGACCCAGUUCCCACUGUACGCUGGAGGAAAGACGACGGUGACCUGCCCAAAGGAAGGUAUGAGAUUCGCGAGGACCAUACCCUGAAGAUCCGCCGCCUGGGCUCAGCCGACGUGGGCUCCUACACCUGCGUCGCGGAGAACAUGGUGGGCAAGGCAGAGGCAUCGGCCACGCUCACCGUCCACGUUCCCCCAGCAUUUGUGGUAAGGCCAAGGAACCAGGUGGUUGGAGUUGGCAGAACUGUCACCUUCCAGUGUGAAGCCACUGGGAACCCACAACCAGCCAUUUUCUGGCAGCGGGAAGGCAGUCAGAACCUGCUGUUCUCCUCCCAACCUCCUCAACCCUCCAGCCGUUUGUCUGUAUCUCAGAGUGGUGACUUGACCAUCACUGAUGCUGAACGCUCAGACAUGGGAUACUACAGCUGCCAGGCCCUCAACAUUGCCGGAAGCGUGAUCACCAAGGCUCUGCUAGAGGUCACUGAUGUCGUGUCAGACCGCCCGCCGCCAGUUAUCCGACAGGGUCCAACAAACCAGACGGUGGCUGUGGACGGUACAGUCGUCCUCAACUGUGUGACAUCUGGAAACCCCACUCCCACCAUCCUGUGGAGGAAGGAUGGUGUCUUAGUGUCCACACAUGACUCAAGGGUCAAACAGCUGGACACGGGUGCACUGCAGAUACGCUAUGCAAAGCUUGGUGACACUGGCACCUACACCUGCAUCGCCUCCACACCCAGCGGGGAGGCUUCAUGGAAAGCGUAUUUGGAGGUCCAAGAAUUUGGAGCCCCAGUCCAGCCUAACAGACCAACUGACCCAAACCUGAUCCCCAGCCCCUCCAAACCUGAUGUCACUGAUGUUAGCCGGACCUCCAUCACCCUUUCCUGGAAACCUAAUCUUAAUGCUGGAGCCACACCCACCUCCUAUAUAAUAGAGGCCUUCAGUCAUGCAUCAGGGAGUAGCUGGCAGACCUUGGCAGAGCAUGUGAAAACUGAAUCAUUUGUACUGAAGGGCUUGAAGCCCAGCGCCGUCUACCUCUUCUUAGUACGGGCAGCCAAUGCCUAUGGGCUGAGUGAUCCCAGUCCUAUCACUGAUGCUGUGAAAACACAAGAUAUCCCUCCCACUAGUCAGGGUGUCGACCAUCGACAAAUCCAGAGGGAGUUGGGAGACGUGGUCAUCCACCUGCACAACCCCACCAUCCUCUCCUCAUCAUCUGUCAGGGUGCAAUGGACAGUGGAGCAGCAGUCACAGUACAUCCAGGGCUACAAGGUGAUGUACAGGCCUUCACCCGAGGGGCUGCAGAGGAGUGAAUGGGCUGUGUUUGAGGUGCGAACCCCCGGGGAGGACAGCGCCGUCGUGCCGCAGCUUCGGAAGGGUGUCACAUACGAAUUCAAAGUCCGCCCCUUCUUCAAUGAAUUCCAGGGAACCGACAGUGAUGUCAAAAUUGGCAAGACGCUGGAGGAAGCCCCCAGUGCGCCUCCCCGUAAGGUUACAGUGACCGAGAGUGGGGACAAUGGGACCGCCAUUGUGGUCUCCUGGCAACCUCCUCCAGAAGAGGAGCAGAAUGGGGUGGUCCAGGAGUACAAGAUUUGGUGCUUGGGGAACGAGAGCAGGUACCACAUCAACCGUACAGUCGAUGGUUCCACCUUAUCCGUGUUGAUUCCCAGCCUGGCCCCAGGGAUCCGCUACAGUGUAGAGGUAGCAGCCAGCACUGGGGCGGGUCCUGGGGUCAAGAGCGAUAUCACCUUCUUCCAGCUUGAUGCAUCUGGGAGAAUGACAGAAACUGUGAGCCAGGAGAACCCUCUGUCCCAGCAGAUCUCAGAUGUAGUCAAACAGCCGGCCUUUAUAGCAGGCAUAGGAGCUGCUUGUUGGAUUAUCCUCAUGGUCUUCAGUAUCUGGUUGUACAGACACAGAAAGAAGAGGAAUGGCCUGUCCAGCAGCUAUGCAGGGAUACGCAAAGUGCCAUCCUUUACUUUUACACCAACAGUGGCAUAUCAAAGAGGUGGAGAAGGAGUCAGCAGUGCCGGAAGGCCUGGUUUACUGAACAUUGGGGAAUCUGCCACUCAACCCUGGCUGGCUGACACGUGGCCCAACUCCUGCUCCAACCACAACGACUGCAGCAUCAACUGCUGCACUGCAGGCAACGGCAACAGCGACAGCAACCUGGCGACAUACAGUCGACCAGCCGACUGUAUCGCCAAUUAUAACAACCAGAUGGAAAACAAGCAGACCAACCUCAUGGUGCCAGAGUCAGGAGUCUAUGGGGAUGUAGACCUGUCCAACAAGAUCAAUGAGAUGAAGACCUUCAACAGUCCCAACCUAAAAGAUGGACGCUUUGUAGGUCCAGGGGGCCAGCCGACACCUUACGCCACCACCCAACUCAUCCAGUCCUCCAUCCUGGGCAACAACAUAAACUCUGACAGAGGCACCGGAGGGAGCGGAGGCGGACUUGGGGUUGGAGGGGAGGUGAAUGAGAAACACUGCUGGAAGCCCACCUCAGCCCAGCAGCAGAAACAGGAAAUCGGCUCCCAGCUGCAGUACAACAUCAUGGAGCAAAACAAGCUAAACAAGGACCGCUACAGAGGAGGUGACAGCCCCAUGCCAGCCACCAUCCCCUACAACCAGACCCACGACAGCCACACUGGGGGCUCCUACAACAGCUCUGACCGAGGCAGCAGUAGCACCUCUGGGAGUCAGGGUCAAAAGAAGGGAGUGCGCACGCCCAAACUACCCAAACAAAGCACAAUGAAUUGGGCUGACCUUCUGCCCCCUCCUCCUGCAAACCCACCCCCAAGUCGGAGCACAGAGGAGUACUCCUUAUCGAUGGAAGAAAGCUGUGAUCCAGACAUGCAGUGCCCCAUGCCCCCCUCUCACAUGUACCUGCAGCCUGAUGAGCUGGAGGAGGAGGAGAUGGAGAGGGGUCCCACUCCUCCCAUCCGUGGGGCAGCUUCUUCCCCUGCUGCUGUAUCUUACAGUCACCAGUCCACAGCCACUCUCACCCCUUCACCCCAGGAGGAGAUGCAGCCAAUGCUCCAGGAUGCACCAGACAGCCAUGAUCGCAGACGCCAUGCUGUGAGCCCACCACCCCCUCCGAGGCCCCUCUCUCCGUCACACACAUAUGGGUACAUCAGCAGCCCGUUGGCCUUGGACACUGACGGUUUGGAGGAGGAGGAUAUAUUGGAGGAAGAGGAGGAGGACGGCGACGAGACAGACGCAGAGGUGGCUAAGAUGCACUACCACCACACCCACCCCCACACACACCCUCACCAUCCCCAGAUGCAUCCACGAAGGUUGCUGCUACGAGGGCUCGAACAGACACCUGCGUCCAGCAUGGGCGACCUAGAGAGCUCAGUGACCGGCUCCAUGAUCAAUGGAUGGGGGUCAGCUUCUGAAGAGGAUAAUGUCUCUUCAGGGAGGUCCAGCGCAGUCAGCUCAUCAGAUGGAUCCUUCUUCACAGACGCCGACUUUGCUCAAGCGGUUGCUGCAGCUGCAGAGUAUUCGGGCCUCAGGGUGGCAAAGUACCCCAAUUCACAGGGCCAAGACAUUGGAGGAGCUUCAGCACGAAAAUACCAAAUAAACCCGUCAGGUCAUCGUCCUGGCAGCCCGGUGUCUACAGACAGUAACAUGAGUAUGGCAGCUGUACACAGGAGGCCUCCUAAAAAGCAGAAACAGCAUCCUGCAGGUCAUCCUGGGAGUCAGCGGCGUGAAGCCUUCAAUGAAGAUCUCCCGCCUCCACCCAUUCCACCUCCAGCAGUGCUCAAGUCCCCUACACACCCCUCCAAGGUGGCCCUGGAGGGUCGGGGAGUCAUUUCCCCCAAAGCAGGUGAGGGUCGAGACAAGAGAGGAGGAACGGGAGGCUAUCGGCCCCGGGAGGGCUCAGACACCAGAACCAGCUCGUCUGAACGCAAAGACGCUCAGGACAGACAAAAGACAGCUCAUGGAGGGAAAGGGAAUAAACACGAGGGUAGCACUGCCAACAAGGCGCGCCAGCACGCAGGUUCAGAGGACAUUCUGCCCUAUAGCCGACCACAGUUCCCCACAGUCAACAGCCCUCGAGAUCCAAGCUCCUCCAGCUCCAUGUCCUCCAGGGGCUCAGGGGGCCGACGGAGAGGAGAAGGAGGCCGCAGGAACCCUGCAGACUUGGGCCUCAACACCUCUGGAGCCUUCCAACCAGGAGAUGAAGAGCUAGAGAUGGUAGAAAGCUGAAGAACGGAGGAGGAAAAGGAGGAACUGUUUUUUUCCAAGAGUGGAGCACCAUUGUUUCUCUUACGAUUUUAAAUAUCUCAGUAUUUCACCAUCAUGUUGGCUGCCAUCAUACUGUACAUCAGUAGUGUUUCUUUACAUCUGGAAAACAGACCAAUGGGUUUUUUUCUAACUUAUCAUUUUCUAUGUCCAUUUAAAAAAAAAAAAAAAAGGAAA